AUGGGAGAAAACCUCCAAAACUCAACCAAACUUGAUCCACCACCAAAACCACCGGAUUGCAGCACUCUAAGUGGUGGAAAAUCAUCACCAACAACCACCCAAAGAUCUCCUAUAACACCAAUAUCAGAUUCAUCCCCCAACUCAAUAGAUCUGAGUUUGAAAAAUCAUGGCACGAAUCCCAAGGUCAUCGAAACACCCAAUUCUGAUCAGAAUUUGGAUAUGGGACCAUCACCAAUGAUUCCAGAAGGGCCGAAAACCCUGGGGGUGGGUAUAGAUGACUCUUCCACUGCUGGGUUUGCUGCUAAAGAACCCUUUAUACAUAUGGGUGAGCCGGCAAUAGUUUUGACUGAGUCCGAGGAGGCUACACUCGCUGAUCCUUACAAGUAUACACUUGUGGGGAAAUUUCCACAUCGCAAGCCAACCAUGAGGAAGGUGGGAUUGAUUGACACAACACACAUUCUUAUACACCUUACACAUGAGGAGGAUUACAGCAGGUUUUUUCUUAAACCUUCAUGGUAUAUUGACGGUUGUCCAAUGAGAGUCCUUAAGUGGACAUGUGACUUUACACCUGAGCAAGAGACUCCGAUAGUUCCCGUAUGGAGAAUUGAUGAGGCCACCACCGACUUGAGACGACCUAGUGAGGCAAGGGUGUGCAUUGAGGUGAAUUUGGAGCAUAAGUUGCCCGACAGGGUUUGGAUUGAGCGCGCUGGUAAUCGUGGCUUCUGGCAGACAGUUAUCUAUGAGAAGCGGCCAAUUUUUUGCUUUUCUUGUAAACACUUGGGUCAUUCUUAUGAUCAGUGUACUACGGUUCCUCCUCCUCCUCCUGCAGUUGUUGCGCACCCCCCUGUUCGGCCCCCUAUUACUAGGACUGAUAAGGAUAAGGGCAAGGUGACGUUUGUGGAGCCAAAGAAGCAGUGGGUUCCAGUUUCAGCAGUGCCUUCUGUGCUUCCCACUACUAUUACCGCAGUUGUGACAGAGUCAGAAUCUGCAUCAACAGUUCCUACCUCUACUCGUAUCACAGUUGAUCCAGAGGUACCUCCGUAUAUUCAUUCAGUUGCUGAGCCUACUCCAAAUGCUCCUAUCGAGGUACCCACUUCUCCUAUUAUUACUUCCAUAGCUCCUAUUCCCACAGCUACUACUGAUGUACCCCCUGAGUCGACACAUAUGAGUUCUCCACCAUUAAAGACACACACAGAUGGUACUCAGUCAGCGCAGGGAUCAGGUACCGGGACAGUUCCUCAAACCACUCUUGCACAGGGGUUGUUGGCUGAGAUCAGCUCAGAGCGACAUGGUGUCAAGCAUAUGUUGAUUGAUCACUUUAAGAAGGACCAUGGAAUGAAAGUUGGAUCUACCAUGAGAUUUGCUAUUGAAGACUUGGUUUUUAAGCUCUUUGGAGAGGGACCUUCUGUAAGUAAGACUCCUACGCAUACACCUUCACCUGGUCCUUCUAUCACAGCUCCUACACACAAUAAGGUGAAAGAACAUAUACAGAGAGAUAUGGAUGGCAUGGGCCUUGGAAACUGCAUGCAAAAUGCAGAGGACGAUGUCCCUACAGCAAGCAAGUCAAUCUCCCACGAUUUAGAUUUCGUAGCACAGAACACCAUGAGAUUAGACACACCUACGACUAGUACAAUGAGAUCAGAUGCACCCGCUUUUCGCCCGACAUUCAGUGCACCACCAUCUGAACAGUUCUUAUCACCAAAGCAGGCUCCUACACGCAGGCGAGACCCCUCUCCAACGAGUGAGCCAGACAUCGCAGACUACUAUGAUCCGGAAAUGUUUCAAUCCAGACGCAUGACUCGAUCAAUGUCUAUGUACUACCACCCGAAGAUUUACCCUCGGGAAUACCCUUGAGUACCUUUCAUUAGUUUUGGGUCGUGUCUUGUUUAGUGUGAUUGCAUUUCAUCUUCAAAUAUUUGUUACAAUUUACAUUUGCUGGAGGUCAGGUCCAUGCCCCCCUCCUCUAUUUGUUU